UCGGGUCGUGUAAUUGCUAUCAGUUAUGCGAUGGGUCAUUGUCGCAACCUUGGCAUCACAAAUUCUGUUACACUAUCGCCGGGUUGGCAUAGCCGAGGUAGACGCGAGACCUUUAGAAAUACGACAUGGCUUCACGCGACUGUUUAAAGAGAUAGGUACUUGUAUAUGGUUCAUCGGUUGCCUAAAGGAAGUCGACAUCACUCUGUUAAUACCCCAAACACUUUAACAAUCCUCUAAAAUUUUACUCCCGAGAACCCGAGUAUAGCGCCCAAACAUCUCCACGAAGCUAUCUAAAUGAUUUCGAACGAAGGCGAUCUACCCAACCGAACCCAAGACAGCGAGGAUAAUGCCGACGAAAAUCCGAAAUCGAUCGAGGAGUCGCUUCUUCGCACCGUAAGAGAGGAUAUUAAGAAAAAAAUUGAAAAGAUUUUGGAGGAUGUCCAACUAUGGUCUGAUACGGAGAAGUUACUUCUUUAUCUGAAGUUGCCGGGAAGUACACAUCGAGACAAGAGCAAAGAUGAAAAAGAUCCUCACGCCAUACCCUUGUCGACGACCAGAGCUGAACAAACCCAAGCUUUCCAUUGGAUUCGUUGUCAUUUGGAAGAAUGUGAAAACAAUUCAACUUUACCGAAGCACGAAGUCUAUGACGAGUACAGAGCCCACUGCGAGAGCGUGAAUGCAGUGCGCGUGCUCAGUGCUCCAGAUUUUGGCAAGAUCAUCAAAUGUGUUUUUCCUAACGUGAAAGCGAGGCGCCUUGGAACGAGAGGGAACUCAAAAUAUUGUUAUAGUGGAAUUCAGAAGAAGAGAAUUGUGAAGUCACCACAAUUGCCAAACCUUGUCGCACCAGUACCAGGAGACAAGAGUAUGGGUAAUGGUGGCACCUCGUGCCCUAAUGGUGAAAAGAUAGGCGAUGAUCAAACACUAGUAGCUGCUUGCGACUUGGUAUGCGAAUGGGCCAACAAGCUGUUGGGUCGUGUAUUCAACACUCUCGUAGAACUGGGCAGGUUCCUGGUUGGAGGGAGUUACGUAUCCAGCAAGUCAAUGGCUGCCUUCGUCGUCAUGUCUAGCAAUGAACCUUUAGGAUCUUACAAAAAGUUGACACUAAGCAAUCGCAAAUGUAACCCCGACGAGCAAUCUUUAAUAAGCCAGAAACGUAAACAAACGCAACAACAGCUACAGCGAAAGAUUCAGCAAAGACAACAGCAUAAACAACAACAAGCACAUCAACUGAAUCUACUGCUUCAUCCUUCGACACCCACGGGAAAGCAAUUCACGCCAAUUUUACCUCAAACUCAAAAGGGAACCCACCUCGCACUCGCCAAUGGGCUCCUCAUUCAAUCCAAACCUCAACUUCAACUUUCUCCUAAACUUACGAUAGUUCCCAACCUCCAGAACCCACCGAUGCCAAGUACUCCAGUUAUUUAUAAUCAAACCCCUCAAAAAAGCUUAGGUCAUCUCCCCCCGUCGACCACCUUGAGCCCAGUCACGCCGUCUUUAGCCAGCCCAGGUUUGCUCUCUCCCUACAACACGAAGUCCCCAAAACGUAGUGCCCCUCACCCCCCCCGUAGUGGAACCAUCACCCCAAGUCCUAUCAGCACAACCCCUCGACACACUCCGAACGGAGAGGUGACCCGCUUUGUUUUCACUCCUAUUACGAAUGGGACUGCGGAUAAUAAAGUCUCAUUGCCGGGGGGUGAAGCUAGUCCACCUAUGCUGAAAAGACCCACAGCAACUCAUCCGGGAUUGAGCAGUGAAUGGAAUAAUCAUCAAAAUAAAUCGACUGUUUGUCUGAGUACAACACCAGUAAAAGAUACGCCCGGUUCGCCCUGCAAGCAGCCACGUAUCGCUUUGAAAGAUCCACCGUCGAAUACGUCCGACCAUCAAACGAAUUCAUUUUCUCAACCAAUGAUAUCUCCUCGUGUAAAUAAACGUCCCGCUUUAAAUCCGGCAUCGUCAAUGCCAGUCUUGACCCAAAAUUCCAAUCAAGCAAGAGUACCCAUAUCUCCUCGCGCCCCAAGAUCAAACACGUCUAGACAACCCGUAGCCAGGCAACAAUCUUUACCGUCGUCAUGUUCCGUCAGUUUCCAACCUCAAUCUAUUAUCACGCAGGCUCUCUCGCACCAACCGCGCGAUUUGACAUCGUUUCCUUUCGGCAACACGUCGACCUCCGAUUGUCGUUUCCAGCAAACUACAGCAACUAUGACGUCAACACAUGAUCAAUCAACCCCACAGAACUUUCUUGAGCAUCUGCCGACAGAACAAGAGUUGGCAGCGCUGUGUAACCAGUUAAGCAACGGCGCAGCUGGUGUACAAAAUAACAAUCGCAGUCAUUCAGUACCACCAUUACCUCAAAACCUUCUACCGCGCAUGAACACGAGCAGCAUUCAGCCGCUGACACCACAGACGGACGGACGCCACCAAUUCGUGGCACCGCGCAUGGCAAACGCAAACAUGACAAAUACCAGCGGUCCUGUAGACGGGCUCAAGCAGCUUAGGAACCGCGUCCUCCACGGAGAUUCAAACAAUAACAGCGGAGCCCGCAAUGGUGCGAACGCAAACGCGUUAGCGGGUUUCGCUGCGAAGCGAAAUUUAAUGGUUGAACUUGAGAAUGUUUCCACUUGGGGGACAUCCACUUCAUGUACAUUUCAGCAAAACAAGCCACAAAUAUUAGCAGAACUUUCUGGUGAUCCGUUGGCAGGUUUGAAUUUAGACGAAAUCGCGAUAGAGGCCUCCAGCGGUGACUUCGAUAUACUUGUGGAUGAAUCGGCUUUAUUUGGCGACUCGAACACAUAUACAACUCCGUGGAAUGCGUCUGCGCAACCCGUAACGUUGGAUAGCUGCCUGUGAAAAAUGUCGAGUAGCAUGAAGUAACACAGUGCAAAGCCGCGGUACACCAUUCUGUCCAACCUAGCUUGCCGCUCUUAAGAACGGAUCUCCCUUUCAGGCCAAUCUAAGCAUGAUUUGACUUACAGAUUCCAUGUGUCGUAUUAAAUUCACCAGAGAUGUCUAUCAUCAAUGUGUAUGAGCCCG